AUUUCAAUACUCGUGGUGCCAGUUCAAAGAUUUAUCCCUUGAGGUACUCCGCGAAGCUCAGAAGUGGAAUAUUCUAAGACGUUCUCUGGAUAUUUAGAUAAUUUUAAUGCCAUAUCGAAGACUUUUCUACCUCUCUUUAUGUAAUGGCGACUGUCCCCCAGCCUAGCCUAGCCUAGCUUCUCUUUACUGCACCAUGGCUAAAUCUGAAGUAAAGAGUAAAGAUUAUGUUUAUUUAUUUAUUUAUUUUUUAUUGUUUUCCCAAGUACAGCAAUUAAUGAUAUUCGUAUGAUAGUUUUUUCAAGUACAAUAACUUUUAAUAUUCGUACGAUAGCUUCUCCAGAUACAGAAACUACCAGUGAUUAUGUUUAUUUAUUUAUUUAUUAUUUUUUUAUUGUUUUUCCCAAGUACAACAAUUAAUAAUGUUCGUAUGAUAGUUUUUUUUUCAAGUACAAUAACUUUUAAUAUUUGUACGAUAGCUUCCCCAGAUACAGAAACUACCAAUGAUUAUGUUUAUUUAUUUAUUUAUUAUUUUUUUAUUGUUUUCCCAAGUACAGCAAUUAAUGAUAUUCGUAUGAUAGUUUUUCAAGUACAGUAACUUUUAAUAUUUGUACGAUAGUUUCCCAAGUACAAUGACUAUAAAUACACGUACGAUAGUUUUCAAUAAUACAAUUUGAUGCGGCUUAAUGUAUUACGUAUAUGAUAUGAUUAUUAAGAGCUAAAGUAUACAGUAUAUCAUAAGUAUUUGAGUGCAAAAAGGGUAUACAUAUCUACGUAUACACUGAAUUCAUACAUCGAAGGGUGAAAUUAUCGUACACGAAUUUCGUUUUCACUCGUAUUCUUUUUGAAAAUUUGUAAAUAAUUAAAUAAAAGUUUGAGAAUAACAAAGAAUAAAAAAAAAUAGUAAUAAUGAAAGGAAAUACAAUAAAUGAUAACUCAAUAAUUAUUUUUGUAACAUAUAUUUAACCAUUGAUACAAAUAUAGCUAUAAUAAUAAAAAAAUAAUAAUAAUAACCAAAUAAAUCAAAAUAAUAAUAAUAAUAAUAAUAAUAAAAAUUUCUAAACUAUUCAAUUCAGACAAAAUAAAAAUAAUAAUAAUAAUAAUAAUAAUAAUAAUAAUAAUAAUAAUAAUAAUAAUAAUAAUUAGCAAUACUAACACCAUAAUUUUGUUGCUAUAAUGAAACACACACACACACACACACACACACACACACACACACACACACACAGACUGAUGCUCUCUCUCUCUCUCUCUCUCUCUCUCUCUCUCUCUCUCUCUCUCUCUCUCUCUCUUGAAA